AAAAUGCGCAGUUGGUGUGUCACUAAAACACAGUCACAAUUCAAUCUUGUAAAAGUCAACACCGUUUUCAUUUUUGUUCCCAUGUUUAUUUGAUCGUAAACACACAACAGUUAUUCAUCAUUCAUAGAAACCAAAUUACUAAGAUGAAAUCAGAGACAGUGACACUGGUGCUGGUGAAUCUAGCUGGUAUUAUGGAAAGAGCUGAUGAAUCAUUGUUACCAGGUGUAUACAAAGAAGUCGGUGCUGCUCUUAACGCUGACCCCACCGCCUUAGGUUCUCUUACUCUUUUCCGAUCCCUUGUUCAAUCUUUGUGUUACCCUCUUGCUGCUUACCUUGCCACGCGUCACAACCGUGCACAUGUUAUUGCUCUUGGUGCUUUUCUUUGGGCUGCUGCUACAUUUCUUGUUGCCAUUUCAUCUACUUUCUUACAGGUAGCAAUUUCAAGAGGUUUAAAUGGGAUUGGACUUGCCAUUGUUACUCCAGCAAUUCAGUCCCUGAUUGCGGACUCCACUGUUGAUAGCAACCGUGGCGUGGCUUUUGGGUGGCUGCAACUAACAGGAAACCUUGGAAGCAUUGUUGGUGGUCUCUUUGCUAUACUUAUAGCCUCAAAAUCAAUUGCAGGGAUACCUGGUUGGAGAAUAGCUUUCCAUCUUGUUGCAUUGAUUAGUGUUAUAGUCGGUAUAUUAGUACGCAUAUUUGCUAAUGAUCCACGGUUUUCAAAGAAUGACGGGAGAGCUACAUAUCAAUCUCCAAACAAAUCCUUUUACUCUGAAAUGAAAGAUCUAAUGAAAGAAGCAAAGUCAGUUAUAAAAAUUCCAUCAUUUCAAAUACUUGUGGCUCAGGGAGUCUCUGGAUCAUUUCCCUGGUCUGCAUUGUCCUUUGCCACUCUUUGGUUAGAACUAAUAGGCUUCUCGCACACAACAACAGCAUUGCUUUGGUCUCUAUUUAUAGUGGCUGUUUCAUUUGGGGGUCUGUUUGGAGGAUGGAUGGGGGAUAAUUUAUCUCAAAGGUUUCCAAAUUCAGGAAGAAUAAUGUUGUCACAAAUAAGCUCGGGUUCAGCUGUUCCUCUAGCAGCAAUUCUGUUGUUGGGAUUGCCUGAUGAUCCAUCUACAGCUGUCAUGCACGGUCUGGUUCUGUUCAUCAUGGGAUUGUGCAUAUCCUGGAAUGGCGCAGCAACUAACAAUCCAAUAUUUGCAGAAAUUGUCCCUGAGAAGUCCCGGACGGCUAUAUAUGCUUUGGAUCGAUCUUUCGAGUCUAUAUUGUCAUCCUUUGCUCCACCUGUUGUUGGACUUUUGGCUCAGCAUGUUUAUGGUUAUAAACCAAUUCCAAAAGGAUCCUCGGACUCAGUCGAGAUUGAAACAGAUAGGGAAAAUGCAGCAUCACUUGCUAAGGCACUUUAUACUGCAAUUGGUAUUCCUAUUGCAAUUUGCUGCGUCAUUUACUCCUUCCUUUAUUGCACGUACCCAAGGGACAGAGAGAGAGCACGAAUGGUUGCCAUAGCGGAAUCAGAAAUGCAGCAAUUAGAAGUGGAAGAUGGCACAAGAGAAGAAUAUUGUGAAACUCAUGUUUUAGAAUCCAAUGAACUGAAUAGUAAAGAUAGUAACAAGAUUGAUGAUAUAGAUUAUCCAAGGGAAGAGAACGUAGACUUAGAUGACAAUGACGAGAGAGUUUUGUUGUCGCGGUAGUUAAUGCUUGCAGUUGCAGUGCUUAUUUGAAAAAUCAUGUUACUUGAUGAGUUGCAUGGGAAAACUUGUAUAGGUUUUUUUGUUACUGAUCGUUGUUGAGUUGUAAUUUUUUGACAAAACCCUUAUUGAGUUAUUGUACAUAAAAAAAGAAGUGUGUUACUUGAAGUGUCAAGAAAAGGAAGUUCUUCUACAAAUUGAGACAAA